UAGCCUGACUUGUUAGUCCUGUCUGCUCGCUCAACAACAGAUACUUCAACUCAGCGCACUUCAUCCAUCACAUCGAGCGUGGAGUCAUCAGAGGAUGGACAGACUAAAUGGACAGGACAUACCUCUGAGUAAAGUGGACGACGUAGAAGCAGUCACAGGGCACUCUGGAAAAGUGUAUCGAGCCAUCAACCUAAACCACUAUGCCACGAAGAAGACUGCAGCUCAGAGCAUGCUGGACGUCGCUCUGCUGAUGGCCAAUUCAUCCCAGCUGAAGAGUGUUCUCUAUGUGGGGACUCAGUACCGCUUCUACCUCCCUCUCAUUGUCCUGCUGUCGAUAUCUAUCACGCUACAAGUCGCAGUGGGGCUGCUGCUCGUCUUUAUUGUAAAGUAUGAUCUGAACGAUGUGAGGAAACACGCCAAAUUGAACCGGAUGAACAACGCAGCGACAGUCUUUGUCUUCUUCACAGUCCUCAUCAACAUCUUCAUCACAGCCCUCGGCUUUGAGGGACAGAUCCUCAGAUCAACAGAACCACGUUUGAUUGCUAUACCAGAGCCUCAGUUUGUCCCUCUGCCCAUUGACGAUAACGUGACUGGUUUCAUUUAGACCAGUCUCUGGACCAUAAUAACACAUCCCCUUGUUCUUGUUCUCAAAGCUUUGCAUUCUUGUGGGCUUUGGAGGGACACUGUAAAGACAUGUAUAGACAUAACUUCCUCAGCUGGAACAAACCGAUGAUUCCUGAAUGGAUUUCAUGGAUCUAAAUGAUUAGGACAGAGAGGCAACUUAGGAUCAAGGCCAUAUAAUAAGAUUUAGCACUUAAUAUUUAAUGGAAUUGGAUACGUUUUAUCUUAGUUUAUUUUGCCAAGGGUUUUGUUAUCAAUUAACAUUGUUAACAUUGAUAAGUGCUAUACAAAUAAAAUUAUUAUAAUUAAUUCCACUCUGCCAAAUACCGACAACCAUAAACCUCAGCCUGAAUACAUUGCCAGUGGCUCAUCAGGCUCUUGGGACAGAUACUAACACUAAUGAACAGUGAUGACACCUUGCUGUCUCAGAAUGCAAAAAAAUGUAUCUGCACAUUUAUGGCAAACUUCUAUCCUGUAAAUAUAACUGCAUUGUAUUGUUUUGUACAAAUGUUAGUGUGGCAUAUUUAAGCCGAUCUAUAGUAUUGAACCAAAUAAAUGUAUUACAUAGACCAGUAAA